CAUCCAACCGACCAGUUUUAGCUAUUUGUUUUGAGACGUGCAAAUUGCAAAUUAUGCGAAAUGAAAGCGAUGACGCCCCAGUUAUCAUCGAUACAAGUAUGCGAAAUAUAGCUGCUGAGUGGAAUCAAGAUGGUUCUGUGCUUUCUGUUUGUGGAAUUCUUAUAGAUUUCAAUACUUCGAAAGAAUCGAAUCAAGUAAAUUUUUACUCCCCAUUCGGACAUUUGAUACGCACCUUAAAGGUUCCAGGGAAUGAGAUCUCUUCACUUUCAUGGGAAGGAAAAUCGCUACGCAUUGCAAUGGCUGUCGAUUCAUUCAUAUAUUUUGCAAAUAUACGUCUACAAUUCAGAGCGACGAUAAAUGCUAUCAAUUAA